GCUUGCACAUCUUGAGAGACGUAGCUUGAGUGCCCCAUGUGACUUUUACACUUCCUCCAAACGAUACUUUCUCUCUCUGUGACUGCUGAAACAAGUUUUGAGACAUUUUUUUUUCUUUCUGGAAAACGACCAGGAACCAGCGAUGCAGAAGCAGCCAGCAAUGGUGCUUCCUGGAGCUGUUCAGAUGAGGAUCAAGAACUCUCAAAGCAGUACUGGAGAGAGACUCAGCCAGACAAAGUCUAUGGUCCUACCAGACCCUGGCACACUACAGACGCCUAUCAACCGUCACCGGAGGAACCAGUCUCAGCAUAAUGUUGGUGUUUCUGAUGGGCUGCAGACCAUUUUACAAGGAGAAUAUUUGAACAAAGCCAAAAUUGCUGAAGGAGGAAAGAAAUUACGAAAAAACUGGACUUCAACCUGGGUUGUUCUUUGCUCCAAUCAACUAUUGUUCUUUAAAGAGAGCAAACAAGAAGCCGUGGCAAAUUUGAAACCAGGUGGUAAAUCAGAUGGUGUGGAUCUGUGUGGGGCUGUAAUCGAGUGGACAACAGAGAAAUCCAGCCGAAAGAACGUGAUUCAGAUAACCACCCCAAAUGGUCACGAGUUUCUGCUGCAGGCAGAUCACUUUCCAACCAUCUCUAAAUGGCAUGAUGCCAUCAAAAAAACGGUGGACAGUCUGUCAAGUGGAGCUGGAGGCCAGAGCUGUGGCAGAGCGGGCCUACACAGGUCCAACAGCAUAGAAUGCUUGUCCCGACCAACCUGUGAACCCGCCAAACCUAAACCAAAAGAGACCAAAUCUGAAAACAGACGCUCCAUCAUGUUCAAGCUGAAUUACAGCGCCUCAGACAGCGCCGACAAGAAUGGAGUUAAGAACAGACUGAAGAAGUUCAUCUCCAGACGGCCCUCCAUGAAAACGCUACAGGAGAAAGGCCUUAUUAAAGACCGAGUUUUUGGAUGUCACAUGCUGACCCUGUGCGAGAGAGAAAGGACCACAGUGCCCAAAUUUGUAAAGCUGUGUGUAGAGGAAGUAGAAAAACGAGGCCUGGAGGCUGCUGGGUUGUACAGGGUGAGUGGCAAUUUGGCCGUUAUCCAGAAACUACGCUUUCUAGUUGACCAAGAGGAGGAGCUUAACUUGGGCGACAGCCAAUGGGAGGACAUCCAUGUCAUCACCGGAGCGCUAAAGAUGUUUUUCCGUGAACUGCCAGAGCCCCUGUUUCCCUUCCGCUUUUUUGACUUGUUUGUGGAAGCCAUUAAAAUUAGGGAGCCCACACAGAAGGGUCAAGCCUUGAAGAAACUGAUCCAUCAAGUCCCCAAACCCAAUCACAACACCAUGAAAGUGCUCUUCCACCACCUGAGGAGAGUCUUGACGAAGUCACAGAAAAACUUGAUGUCGACUCAGGGCAUCAGCAUUGUGUUUGGACCGACGCUCAUGUGGCCCGAGUUUGAAUCCGGAAACAUGGAAGUCAAUAUGGUGUACCAGAAUCAAAUAGUGGAGUCCAUUCUCAUUGAAUGCGUGGAGAUCUUUGGGAAAGAGUAAGCAAUGAAGAAGAGGGGGGAAAAGAAGAUGUGUGUGUGUGCUGGCUGAAUGUUAAACACAUGUGAAAUUAAUUCUGAUGCCUCUGAUGUUUUCAUAUUUACAAAAAAGGUUAACAUAAAAUGGUCACAUUUUUAAUGUUAUAUAUAAACUUAUAAUUUUAUUUUUGUAUAAUGCAAUUAUUAAGUUGUAUCAUACCUCAAAACAAUUUUAAAUGGGUUUUGUACACUGAUAUUUUGUGACAGAUAAUUUUAGUUUGAAUUUUUUUUUUUUUUUUUUACAUUUAUUGGAAGAAGCCUGAGAUACCAAACUGGAUCUUGCAAUUAUUUUUCUGGGAGCAAAUACUUGCAGUCUGUUGCAACAUGUUUUUACUUUGUAUUGUAUUGUGAUCUUUGUAAAGUGAUUCUGUUUCUGAAAAAAAAAAAAAAAAAAAAAUGUAUUUCAUGG